AUGGCUGAUACUACUUCGCGCUACGACGUCCUCCGCUCCGUCGCCCAAAAAUUCUCCGACGCCUUCGUCUCGGGCUCUCUCCCCCCGCCUGAGCUUCUGGCAGAAUAUUUCGUCGCCAAAGACGCCCGAAUCAUCGAGCAUGGUCCGGAAUGGGCCCAGAAGCGUCUCCCCUUCGUCGGGACCCUCUUCCGCGGUCGUCGUAGUAGCAACACGGCCAUCGACAGCAGCACCACCUGCGACGACUACUUCGACCUCUUGGGCGCCAAAUUGGCCCUCCAUGCGCACGAAAAGACCCUACCGGCAGAAAACGCAUACGUUGUCGACACAAACGCUCGCCACUCCCCCGACCAAGGAGCUGGUGCUGUGUUGGUCAAGUGCCACGCUGCCCUGUCUAGCGUGCAAACCAAGCGUACUUGGGAGGAGCAUUUUGUAUUUGUCCUGAGUGGUUUUGACGGCGAUGGAAAGAUUGGCCAAUUGGAAAUCUGGGCCGAUAAUUUGAAUGCGUGGCAGGCUGUGGGCGGAGAGGAGCUGUGA